GGACACGAGCGAGUCAACCUUUGGGCGAAGCGUUGGGCCAGUGCCGCCACCCUUAUUUCCCAUUUCAUUUCCCCACACCGAUACUCCUUUUACAAACAACAGAAAGAAAAGCAGAGAGAGAGUGAUAAAGAACAAGUCUCGAUCUAUUUACACUCAACAGGGGCUGACCUGAGAUCCGAACACACUAUGUCGAGAAAACUCUCUUCGCAUCUGCGAACCCUACGAAGCCUACUUCGAUCCACUCCUAAAUCCAACCCAUUUGCCGCCUCAUUAUCUUCUUCUUCUUCUCCGUCACCGGUGUCGUUCCGGUCACCGGUCACGUUCGUCUCUCGCCACUUCAGUGCCGUGUCAGAGAAUGUUGUUAAGAAAGUGGAGGAUGUAAUGCCGAUUGCAACUGGCCAUGAGCGCGAAGAGCUUGAAGCUGAGCUCCAAGGAAAGGAGAUUCUUGACAUUAACUUUCCUGAAGGUCCUUUUGGUACAAAGGAAGCGCCUGCUGUUGUCAAAUCCUACUAUGAUAGAAGAAUUGUAGGAUGCCCUGGAGAUGAAGGAGAAGAUGAGCAUGAUGUUGUUUGGUUCUGGCUUGAGAAGGGCAAGCCACAUGAAUGCCCAGUAUGCUCACAGUAUUUUGUGUUGGAAGUGGUUGGACCUGGAGGACCUCCUGAUGGACAUGGCAGUGAUGAUGAGGGUCAUCACUGAUAACUGUGUCUUGCAAUUUUUUGUCGGAAUAAAUUUUGGUUAAGACAAUGAGAGAUUACUCAUUUUACAAACUGAUGAUUCAAAGCUCUGUGUUCUUUCCUUGCUUUUACUGGAUUAUUGUGCUUAUGGUUGCUGUGGCGGCAGUGAAGUUGAAUAUUUUUGCUUAUAUAUUUUAUACAAUAGACAUGUUGGGGUCUGCUGGAGUUACAGACCCAAUUUCUUCAAA